GCCGGUCCGCUAAGGCACACACUCAGGUGUUAGCAGCGCGCGACAGCAAACCGAUUACACUGCAACCUCUGGAUUUCAUCUUUCCGUUUGCGCAAGACACGUGCGCGCGCACGCUCACUCACGCGCACACAAACGCGCGCGGGCGCUGGAGGGACUGUGCGUGUGUCCCAGUGCGAGACGAGAUUCACCGAGAGCGCGCUACAGCUGCAGUUAUCGAACAACAUCGACUGAAAACGAAGGAAAGUCGAGCAGAGCGGGCAGAAAGUACUUUUGCGCUUUUGUUUGGAGUUCGCAAACUUCGCCGUUCACUUUCCGCUACGGUCUUUAAACGAAACGGUCAGUUUCCUAUUUACCACAGUUAACUACGCUUCACUUCAUCUCUGAGAUUUCUCCACCUCGGAUACAGUUCUACCUUUUUGACCUUCUCGCAGUGGAUGGACACUCAUGCAGGGUGUAUGUACGGUCAGUCAGGACUUCACACAUUCUUGUAAAUCGGUUUAUGGGGUCUGAGAUUUCAGUGUAAUUACACCGCUGUUCAAAACAUUUGGAAACACCUUUAAAAUUUGUUUUUUUUUUUUUGUCUUGUUUUUGUCAGAACAAACAACUAUAGGACUGUAUACCUAACAUUUUUGUUCUUAAGUUCUGGAAAUAACACUAAUUACAAAAAAAAAUGUUUCUUAAAUCUUUAUUGGGACUUUAAAUACCUAAUUUGUGUUGAAUUCAGCGAUUUUAUCCAUUAUCAUCCAAGAUCAUCAUCAGCUCCGUAUAAUACUGUAUUAUAUAAUUAGUUAAAAUAAAUCUAAUUAGAAUUAAAAUUAUGCUAGAAAUGUGAAGUCGCUGGAAACAUAAAUAUUUUAAACACCUGUCAUACAGUUAAUUUUUUUGUCCUGUUUUUGUCAGUACAAACAACUUUAGUACUGUAACCUUUAGAUUUUUGUCCUUAAGUUUUACAAGUAACAUUAUUUACAAAAUAUUUAUAUACAUAUCUUUCUUGAGACUUUGAGACUUCUAUAAAUCUAUUUUUUGUGGUUUUUUUUACAGGUAGUGUUUUGUAGUUUUUUUAUCUAUUAUUUAUGUCAUCUUCAGCUCAAUUUAUCACUGAGUAAUUGAAAUUAAAUUUAUUGGAAUUAAAAUGAUGCUAGAAAUGUGAGGUUGUUGGAAGUGGAAAGUUUUUUAAAAAUGUUUUCUUGCUGACUCAGCUAAAAACUUACUGUUGCUGUUUAAACUCAACUAAGAGCAAUCAUUCAAACUUUUGUAAACCUGCUUGCUAUAAUUGGUGACUCCAAACUUUUGAACAGUAGGCUAUAUUUAUUUAUUAUUCAUAUAUUAAAACUGAAGCUGGUACAUAAUGGAUGGUACAGGAGCAAGUGAAGAAGCAGGCAGCGAGGAGCGUCCAGCUCCUAAUGGGGACUCCAGGCCCCGGGGCAGGUUCUCUCUAACCAGUUGGCGUUCCACCUCUCAGUCCUCCAUGCACGCAGAGCGAGGGGCUAUGGACCGGAGGAUCCUGAACCUCGUGAACAGUUACGAUGACCAUUCUGGCUCCACCAUCGACCUCAACUCCAAAGCCACAGAAGCAUCCAGCUCUGGCAAGGCCACACAUGAGUGUAUUGGACCUGGUGGGAUCACGAUAUCCACAGGAACGGAGGACUGCGAAUCUAUUGAUCAGUCCACGUACCUCCACAGGCAACUGAGCUCCAUGCUGCAGCCAGGGGUCAACAAGUUCUCCCUGCGCAUGUUUGGGAGCGCCAAAGGGGUCGCAGCUGAACAAGAAAGAGUCCGGUCCUUUGGGGUGUGGAUCAUACAUCCAUACAGUGACUUCAGGUUCUACUGGGAUUUGGUAAUGCUCUUUCUGAUGAUGGGCAACCUAGUCAUCCUCCCAUGGGGCAUCACCUUUUUUGAGGAUCAGAACACGCCGCCAUGGAUGAUCUUCAACAUGGCCUCAGACACUCUUUUCCUGGUUGACCUGGUCCUAAAUUUCCGCACAGGCAUCCUGGAAGAAGACAACAGCCACGUCAUCCUGGACCCAAAGGUUAUUCGCAGUCGGUAUCUGCAGGGCUGGUUUCUUGUAGAUUUCAUCUCCUCCAUCCCAGUGGACUAUAUUUUCCUGGCUGUGGACCUGGAGGCUCGGGUGGAGUCAGCAGAAGUGUAUCGCACAGCCAGGGCAUUGAGGAUUGUCCGCUUCACCAAGAUCCUCAGCCUGCUAAGACUUCUCCGACUGUCCAGACUCAUCCGUUACAUUCACCAGUGGGAAGAGAUCUUUCACAUGACAUAUGACCUGGCGAGCGCAGUGGUUCGAAUAGUGAAUCUGAUUGGGAUGAUGCUCCUGCUCUGUCACUGGGAUGGCUGUCUUCAGUUCAUGGUGCCCAUGCUGCAGGAGUUUCCUUCAAACUGCUGGGUCUCCAAAAACAACAUGGUGAAUGCCACCUGGGAAGUGCAGUACUCCUAUGCCCUCUUCAUGGCCAUGAGCCAUAUGCUGUGUAUUGGAUAUGGAGCCCAAGCUCCUGAGAGAAUGACUGAUGUGUGGCUCACCAUGCUAAGCAUGAUUGUUGGUGCAACCUGUUACGCCAUGUUCCUGGGCCAUGCCACAACCUUGGUCCAGUCAUUGGAUGCCUCUCAUCGUCAGUACCAAGAAAAGUACAAGCAAGUGCAGCAAUACAUGUCCUUCCAUAAGCUGCCAGCUGACAUGAGGCAGAGAAUCCAUGACUAUUAUGAGCACCGUUUCCAGGGGAAGAUGUUUGAUGAAGAUAACAUACUGGGAGAACUCAGCGAUCCACUUAAAGAGGACAUAGUGAGCUACAACUGUCGUGGACUGGUGGCGAACAUGCCGCUGUUCGGCAAUGCCGAUCCCCACUUCGUUACUGUGCUCCUGACCAAGCUACGCUUCGAAGUCUUCCUGCCAGGUGACACCAUUAUUCGUGAGGGCACCCUUGGACGAAAGAUGUACUUCAUACAGCAUGGCUGUGUCACUGUGAUCACCCGUGAAAAGAAGGAGAAGAAACUUAGUGAUGGCUGCUACUUUGGGGAGAUUUGCUUGCUGACCCGUGGCCGCCGCACAGCUAGCGUGAGAGCUGACACUUACUGCCGACUGUAUUCUCUCAGUGUGGACAGUUUUAAUGAAGUUCUGGAGGAGCACCCCAUCAUGAGAAGAGCUUUUGAGAGUGUUGCCAUGGACCGCAUGGACCGCAUGGAUAAUAAAGUCACGCCCAACAUGUCCUUAUGAGUGGGCACAAACUGAGGACAGUGACAGGUGACAGCAACUCACAACUUAAAUUAAGAAGCAUGGAUUAAGGACAUGGUUUGGAGGGAAGGCAAAAAGCUAAAGGCGAUGUCUUGAGAAUGCCAUUAAAUCAUGUUAAUUGUCCCGUUUUGCCCCUCACAUACCAUGUUAAUUCUUUGCUACAUUAACUGUCUUAAUUGUUUAUUGUGUUCACUAAAAUACAUUGGACACCAGUGAACUUUGAGCUUUGGAGGCCCAUGCUCCAAGUGCCAGCCGACUGAAAGGUUUUACUGACUGAAGGCGUUUAGCUGAUCUGGAUCUGACAGUUACCCUUAGAAGUCAAGACUUAUUUUAUAUUUUCUUAAAAUAUUACAAUGUAUUUAUGUUUAUGCAGGUGUAUGCAAGGUUUGGGCUCUCUGGACACUUUCAUGCAACUAACACAGUGAGAGAUUUGGGGCUUUAUUAGGUUAGGCCUUAAGUAGGUAAAAAAAAAUAUAUCUGUCUUUUCAAACUGUGUGCUUUUCAGAUGGUUAAUUGUGCAACUCAAAAGCAUAGGCUUCUUUAACUGAUACCAAGAGGAAUGCCAGUUAAAGGGAACUGUGGAAGCUCUGGCAAGAUUUGAAAGACCAAUAAAAAUCUCAGAUAGAUCUUUUCAUAUGCUGCUCAGUAAGGCAAAGCAAACCCUUUAUAUAAUAGCAAAAUAGCAAAAACCCACUGCAGGUUGGUCUCUGUGCAAAAGAUUUGUGGACAUUGAUAUGUUACUAAAGUUACAAAAGAUAUGUUCAGACAUAAAAAGAAAGAAUCAAGAUCACCUUGGUAAAUGUAAUGUUGGGGUGGAUCCAUGGCAUUUUGUGCUUUUACAAAAGUACAAUGAUCCAUAAUAUACCUCAAAAUCCACUAUAGAUUAAAUAUCAAAAUUAGGGCUGUCAACAUUAAUGUUUUAAUGAAUGCAGUUAUUCUGGAAACUUUACUUUAACUUUAACACGUUCAUUUUUUUAAGACCAAUUAAUCAUGUGACAAAAUUGAUAGAGCCUGGUGAUGCAUUAGCAGUUUUAUUUAGAUAUAUAACACAGCACCACUUACUGUUGAGUUCAGAAGGUAGAUUAUCUUUUAUUUAUGCUGACGUUUAUGCUUUCUCUCUCUCUUACACUCAUCUGGUCAUGCACACAUAAACACACACAACCGAUGGCACUUUUCCUCUUUUCAAGCUGUUGAAAGUGGAAUAUGAAGCUACACAAGCAUUUAUUUUCUCCAUUAAAACUCUCAGUUAAACUCACAAUAUUCUAAAAAACAUCAAAAUCACCCUGAGAAAUUAAUGAUUCAUGAUGUUUAUAAUUUUAUUCAUGAUUUUUAAAAGAAUACUUUUGGGAUUAAUACUUUAUUUUUUUUAGGGAUCAAUAAUACAAAUCUAACUGUUUCUAACACAGUUUCUUUUAUUCAUAUUUAAAUACCCAUUAUAAAAAGCUUAGUCUUACAGAAUAAAAAGUGUGAUUAAUCAUGAUUAAUCACAGAUUUUUUUAUAAUUGAUUGACACUAUUAAUUUAAAAUACAAGCUGACUAGUUAGGAAGACACCAAUCUGGAAACAAAAAAGGUAACUUUUAAACUAGGAUUUAUGGCAAUGUUGUAUUUCUUACUGUGUACAAUGUUUUGUAGAUAUUUUUUUUUAUUGUGGAAAAAAUGUCAGUUAGCCAGGGCUGCCCAAACCUUUGCAAUUGUACAUGUUCUUUCAACAGAAAGACUAUGCAAAUAAUAACUAUCAACUUUAAAUCAUAUUAAAAUGUCUUCUAAUCUUCGCAUGUAUUAAAUGUAAGGUUGAAUAUUGUUUUGUUAUUGCUGGCAAUAACUGUGACUUCUAAGGGUUAAACGGUCAGAAAACAAAAGUCACAAACUACACGUUACUUGAAACUGUGUCUGGCACUGAAAUGUAUGUGUAUGAGUUUUUUUUUGCGGGUGCACAGUGAUGGAGUUUCACUUUACCCUUUCAUUUAUGCAAACUCUCACCUAAUGUAAGAGCAGCACAUACAGUAUUACCAGCCUUCUGUUACCCAGGGAGGUGAACAAUUUUAGGUGAUUUAAUUUGUUGGAUGGCGUUUGAUAGUUUGUAAUGGUUGGUACUGUAUUGUUUCCAAGCUGGCAGUCACCUAAAAAAUAAGGGUUGUUUGCAUUUCUAGGUUGCCAUUCGUAUGGAAUCACAUUUUAAAGAACUGGUGCUCUCCAUGUAUUUGUAAUAUGCAUAACAUGACACUUUCCUGGUUCUGCGAUUACGGUAUACACAUAGUAGUUACAUAAUAAUUCCCUGUAUAAGGUGAGUCUGAGUGUCCUGAAGAGCUUAUCCUCACUCAAGUAUUAUACCAUGUGAUUCAUAUAAUCACAGCUUAGAAUAGUUAAACCUGUCUUCCCACAAAACCAGUCAUACGGAGUGCAACUUCACAAUGUCAGACUGCCUUCGGUGUUGUUUUAAAGGACUUGAAAAAGAGGGUAGAGUAACUGUCUGUUUAAAGUUUGUCAUAGGUGUUCACUACACUACACUACACUAUAUUGAGAAAUAUACUAGAUUAUACUACGGCUUAUACUAGAAGACCAAUAAGACUUAAGUUAUAUGUAUUCAUGGUGUCCUCUGCCAUAAAUAUCUCUAGAAACACUUACCAGCAUUACGCAUUAAAGGUUCCCAGAUUUUAAAGUUAAAUACUACACAACCGUUUAUAUCAUGGAUUUAGUGAAUCUAUAGGCUCCAGCAAAAGUGAAUGGGUUUGAGUUAAUAACCUAAAAUGUGUGUAAGUGCAAUUGAUUUUUAAUACAGCAUUGCUAUUUUGCACACACUGAUUACAAUGUUAGUUAAUCCCUUUUUUAUUGUAUUCAGCCCAAUGAUUCAAAUACAUUAUAGUCCUAUUUAACUCUGGUGUGGUGUGAGAUUUAUAUUGCGAUUAAUAAUCGUAGACAUUUUUGGAUAUGUAACUAACAAACUAUGGAAGCUCAGCGGGGUUUAAAUACAGCUCAUUCUAUUUGUUGCACUUUAAAGGAGAAAUCUGGUGUAAAAUGGACUUGGGUUGUAGUAAAACAUGAUAAUGAGUAUGAAAAGUCCACCUCCAUUCUCCCCAGCUUUCUGAAAUACAGCUGAUGCUCUCCAGGGGCGGAUUUGGAAGUUCUGGGGCCCUAAGCAAGGUUUUUUCCUGGGUCCCUGAUUAAAUGGGUUAUUUUGUAUAGCAAAAUGCAAUAUUCAGGGUUCAUACACCUUUCACAAGGUAAAAUUCAAGCACUUUUCAAGCACUUUCAGGGCCCAUUUUUAAUUUUUUUCCAGCAUCUUUCAGCUGUGGUAAAUUAAUGAUAACGGUGAUAUCUCAAAACUGUGAUUCAGCGAUAAUCAAUAUAUCGCAAAACUAUUCUCCACACUUCACAGCGACUAUGCUAGUCGCUUAGUCUACCUCGCCUAGCUUAACUUGCAUGUACGGUGUCUCUUUGGUGUCAAACAAAAAAUAAAUAAUGCGUUUCAUUUUUUUUGUGUGUUUUUUUUGCCAACCUUUUGACCAGCAGGGGGCCCCCUGAUUCUGUGGGCCCCAAGCAAUUGCAUGGUUUGCGUAGUGGUAAAAUCCGUCCCUGAUGCUCCUAACAGACUUACAAUGCUAGCAAUAGGGGCAUAGUCUCAUGCAUGCAAAUAAAUCACUAUUUUUAGUGGACCCUGUUAUUUAAAAUGAGGCACUGAGAACUUUGAAAGUGCACAGGCAGUUUAUUAAAAAAGUAAGUCCACAAUAUUAUAUUUCACUACAACCCAAAUCCAUUUCACACCAGAUUUUUCAUUUAAACAUACUGACAUGGUAAAUGACUUUUGAAAUGUCCCAUUGGAGUUAAAGAACACUGCAGUGUCCUGCAGGAUAUACAUGCAUGCUUCCUGCACUGAAUGUGGAUGUGAUUUCUUCCAAUGUUCCUCAUAUGAUUUCAUGGACAAUUCUCGAUCACAAUCGUUAACACCAACUACACUGUCCACUGUGGGAGGUAAUGCUUUCCACAACAUAUUCCCGCACAUCGCAGGACAAUAUUCCAUUUUUCUGAGACCCACAAUUAGACCUCGCUCCAACUUUGAUCAUUCAAAUUGACCUGCCAUGAGCACACUGGCCAGUCCUUUAAUUCAGCAUAUUUACUUAAUAUCUGAUGACCUAUUAUGAUCAUGUUAUGAGUUACCACAGAAAAUAGGAUCA